GUAUAAACCAAAUAGAAAAUUCUAAACGAAGUAAUUAUUAGCGCUUGAUUUGUUUUAAAUUUUUAAUACUUAUAUGUGUUUAUAUUAAAAGAAAAGAUAUAAUUUUUAUUUGAAACAAUGACAUCAGUACAAGACAGAUUGAAAUUAAAAAGAUCAUAUGAUAAUUGGACUACACGUGAACAGUUAUAUUUGGCUUCAAGCGUAUUGAAAUCAGGAGAUCAAAACUGGAUGAGUGUAUCAAGAUCAUUAAAAGCAGUUGUUGAAAAAGAAACAUCAAGACCAUCUGAUUGGUUUUCUCAAAAAUCUUGUGCGAUUCAAUAUGCAUAUUUAUUAGAAAAUGCAGAUACACCUAAAAGAAAAAAAAGAGAAAGUGGAGAAACAACAGGUGAAUCAAUAGUAAGAAGAUUAACACAAGAAAGGAUAACUGAAUUAGGACAAAUGUUAACUUUUCAAAGAGAAGAAUAUCAACAACUUAAAACUGAAAUAAAUAUGUUAAGAUCUGGGUCAAUAACAGAUGAUAAAUUAAAUAAGAUGUGGCUUGCAAUUGAACAAGAAGAACGAGAACAAGAACAAAAAGCAAGAGCACAUUCUGCAUGGUUAGCAAAACGUCAACAAAAACAAGAAUUAAAUUCACCAGUAUCUAAUAUAAGUCAACGUAAAUCUAGUGAAAAUACAGUAGAAAUUCAAGAAACAAUAGAAAAUAUAGAGGAAGAUGAAAAGAAAGCUAGAGGAGGAAGAUCACCAUUGUUAACAAGUCUAUUAAAAUCACCAAGUCCAACAACACAAAUUCAAACAUCAACUACUACAGGACAAAUAAAUUCUCCUACAAUUACAAGUUUACUUGGUUCUAGCCCUAAAGUACCAAGUUCUCAAUUAACACAAAAUGUAUCUCCCCAAUUGCAUCAAUUAGUUACAUCUACGAUUUCAAAUGUACCAUCAGAAAGACCAUCAGUUGGUGCACCAACUUUAUCUAUGUUAUUAGAAAUGCCAGCUAAUACACAAAGAGGUCCUUUACCUAAUUUACAGUCAACACCAACUAUUGUAUCUCAACAAAAUGUGACUGAAAUUCAUAAUUGUCAAUCUCAAUCUGUACAUCAAGUAACAGUACAAAAUGAAACAUCUGUACCUCAGUCUUUAAUAACAACUCCAAAUAUUACAUCUACAGAAAGUAUGGUACAGAUUAUAGAUCAUAUAGAUGAUGUAAUACGUAAAGAUAUAAUGGCAGAUGUAAUAGACAAAGAUGAAAUUAAUGAAAUUAUUGGAGAUAUAGAAGAAUUAAUAAAAGAAGAAAUUACUGGUAGUCCACAAGCUUUAGAUACAGCUACAUCAACUAUUAAUACUCUUACUGUACCUCAAAUUCAAGAAUCAGUAGUAACAGAACGUCCAGAACCUAGAGAUGUAGAUGAAACUGUAUCACUUUCUAAUUCACCAGAAAGUGAAAUGGCUAUUGAAGAAAUUGAUUCUAGCACAUCAAAUAUUGCAGAAAUUAUAGGAACAGUUGCUAUAGAACCACAAGAACCCAAAGUUAUUGUGGCUAACAUAUCUGAAACUAUAACAAAUACAUCAGAAGAAAUAAAAUCUGAAGAAAGUACAUGUUUUGAAAGAAUGGCAUUAAAAGAAGAACUUGUUCCUGAAUUAAAUACUCAAGAUAGUGAAAACAGUAAAGAUACUCCAUUAGAAGAAAAACAAAUAGUUGAUGAAUUUGAUACUAUGGAUUCUACUUCAAAUAUAGAAACUGAAGAAAAUGACUCAAAAAUAGUUGCAAAAGAGCUAAUAGAUGAAAUAGUAGAAGAUGAAGUUGAAGAAGAAGAAGAAACUGAAGUAGCUGUACCAGAAAUUAAUAAAGAAUGUUCUACUAAUAAAUUACAAAGAAUAUCCUCUAAUGAAUUAGAAAAUAAAGAUAAUAUGGAAUUGGAUCAAUUAGAAAUGCAUCUUGCUAAAAUUACUGGUGAACAGCAAGAUGUUCCAUCAGCAGAAGUUGUUAGUGUUUCAUCUGAAAUAACAAAUGAUCUUCCUAGUACAGAGGAUACAGAAAAAUCACAAGAUAUUAGUUUAAUUUUAGAAGAUGAUGAAAGUAGUUCAGAUGAUAAAAAGAAAAUAACAGAAGAACAGAUUAUAGAAAAUACAAUUGAAAGUACAGAAUCUAUUGAAUCAUUCAAAGAAGAACCUAUAAUUGUAAUAAAAGAAAAAACUAUUAUAGAAGUAAGUGAAGAAUCACCAGAAAAAUCUCAAGAACAGACAGAAGAAGCUUUAGAAAUUUAUACAGAUGAAUUUAAAAAAGAAGAUACAAAAGAUUCUUCAGAAGAUACAACAAGUUCUAUUUUACAAGAUAUAGAAAUAAAAGAAGAAGAAAUAGAGGAAACAGCAAUUGUAGAAGAUUCUACUCAGUUGGUGUCUCCUGAAGAUAUAAGUUUAAAAAUAGAAUCUGUAGAUUCUAUUAAUACUGAUACUUCUAUUGUUAAAAAAGAAGAAAAUACAUAUGAAGAUUCAAGAAUGGAAGAAGAAACAAAAAUUCAAUUAGAAAAUUCAUUAAUAUUAGAAGUGAAAAAAGAAGUUCAAAUAAAAGAAGAGAAGGAAGAGAAAAAAAAUAUGGAUAUUGAGCAAAAUGUAAAAAAAGAAUCAGAAUCUAUAAUAAGUGCUGGAGAAGAUACUGUUGAGUUAGAUGAAGAGGAAUCAUCAUUAAGCAAGUUAAGUGGAGGUCGUGCUAUGAAAACAUAUUCAAAAAAACAAAAUGCUUCUAUUGAUAGUGAACCUGAAAUUGAAGGUACUGGAGAAGGUGCAGAUUAUAGAGCAUGGAAAAAAGCAGUCAUGUUGGUUUAUAAUCGACUUGCUACCCAUAAAUAUGCAUCUGUUUUUUUGAGACCUAUUACAGAAGAUCAAGCACCAGGAUACCAUUCAGUUAUUUUUAGACCUAUGGAUUUAUCUACUAUUAAAAAAAAUAUAGACAAUGGCACAAUUAGAUCUACAAUGCAUUUUCAACGUGAUGUUAUGUUGAUGUUUCAAAAUGCCAUUAUGUAUAAUAAACAUGAUACAUUUAUUUAUAAAAUGGCAGUUUCAAUGCAGGAAGAAUGUCUACAGCAUAUGCAGAUAUUGGUGCAAGUUACAGGAGAAGGAACACUCAGAAGAGAAACAAGAACUGCAGCAAGUAGUAGUAAUGAAGCUAAUGAAAGUAGCAUAAAAAGAAAACGAAGUCACAUCACUCCAAGUCCACAUGAUACAGAUAGUCCGCGUUCUAAAAAACGUAGAAAAUCAGAAAAUGAUUAGGACAUUUUCUUGUUUAUAGGUAUAUAUAAGUGCGCGCGCGCGCGCGCGCGUGUGUGUGUGUGUGUGUGUGUAAUUUGAUAUACAUUAAAAUUCUCAAGAACUUUGUUGACAAAUAUGAAAGAAAGGAUAUAUCUGUUAACAUUGAGGGAUAAUGUUGGAUAUAGAUAGACAUUUAUAUUAAAUAUUUAUGUUAUAUAUAAUAAGAAAUAUAGUGACUUAAAAUUCUAUCUCAUUAUUUUGAUGACAGUAAAAAAUGAAAAAAUAGA